AUGGACUCUCUUGGGCGAGUUCUCGUGCUCCUUGUUCUCUGUUCCGGAGGGUUCUGUGAGGUUCUACAAAGCUUCUCUGAUGUCCCAAAUUGCCAGAAUUUCUUCUACCGAGGGCAGGAACCAUUGGGCCUGGCCUCCAAUACCACUGCCAGUAUCUGCCAGUGCCUGCAGGGAGGGUACCACUAUGCCACCCUCUACCACCGCCUGGCACGUGUGCCCAUCUACUCGGCAUACAUCUUAGAGGUUUCCACCACGCCUCGUCCUGAUCUCUCCUCCUCCAACUGGUACCUGGAGCCAAUGUUGGGCGGAGUCUUCCAGAAGGAAAUGCUCCAACCCUCCAGCUCUACGAUGCAGCAGAACCUGCCGGAUGUGGAGGAUAGUCAAGCGGUGAAUGACGAUUAUAGGAACUCCGGCUACAGCCGCGGUCAUGUGAACCCCAGCGGGCACCACAGCAGAGUGUCCCAACUCUCCACCUUCACCUUCACCAACAUGGCGCCUCAGGACUCAACCUUCAACAGUGGGACCUGGAAUCAGUACGAGACGUUCCUGCGGGACAAGAUCCUGACCUCCUGCCAACAGACCUACGUCCUCAGUGGGGUCAUCAUCUCCGGCUCCCACCCCGGGGAGGGCAAAUGGCUCCGCAACCGCGUCAAUGUCCCCACCUUCUUCUGGAGCGCCUUCUGUUGUGUAAGGUCGGACGGAACGAGGAGGGUGGAGGGAAGAUUGGGCCGGAACACCAGUCCCUACGAUGUGGUGACCAAGACCAUCCCCGAGCUGGAGGCCAUACUGGGCGGAGUGUAUGGAGGACGGGUGGCAUUGUUCUCCGGGGGCUGCCAGUGA